AUGGAGCACAAAUGGCUCUGGGCAACGGAUGUUUCCGCGUGCCGGGAGUCUGGCCUCACUUUUCUCAUGGAUUCCUGCGGCUUUUCCAUCCGCUCCCGCCUUCAAGGAGCCAACAUGAGCCGGCCCUUCCAGCCCAUGGGGCUCCACGGCGGUGGCACUGGGUGGCCCCAUCCUGGGGACCGGCCACGAGCGUUGAACACCGCGGAUGAGGACGACAAGUCGAAAGCGGCCGGCUCCGACGCGGAGCGGAGGGGGCUCAAGCGGCAGCGCGACGAGAAGGACGAGCACGGCCGCGCGUACUACGAAUUCCGGGAGGAAGCCUACAACAGCCGGUCCAAGUCUCCCCCUCCACCGGAAGAGGAACCGAGAGAAGACGAUGACGAAACAGUCGUCAUCCUGGACACCUAUACUUCUGACCUCCACUUCAAAGCCAGCAAGGAUCGCUACGGAGGACAGCCGCUCUUCUUUGAGAAAUUCCCGAAUCUUUGGUCCGGAGCGAGGAGCACCCACGGCGUCACCAAGGGGAAAAUCUGCUUCGAGGCCAAGGUGACGCAGUAUCUCCCUGUGAAGGAGGGCAGCACCGAGGUCCCGCUUUUCCGCGUCGGCUGGUCCGUGGAUUUCUCCCGCUCGCAGCUGGGGGAGGACGAGUUUUCCUACGGCUACGACGGCCGAGGGCUCAAGGUGGAAAACGGCCACUUCGAGGGAUUCGGGGAGCCCUUCGGGGAGAGCGACGUGAUCGGAUGCUUUGCGAACUUCGAGCCCGCCGAGGAAGUGGAGCUGUCGUUUUCCAAGAACGGCGCCGACGUGGGGGUGGCGUUCCGCGUUCCCAAGGAGGCCCUGGCGUGCCGGGCGCUCCUGCCCCACGUCCUGUGCAAAAACUGCGUCGUGGAGCUCAACUUCGGCCAGAUGGAGCAGCCGCUGUUCCCGGUGCCGGAGGAAUUCGUGUUCAUCCACGCCGUUCCCGCGGAAGACCGCGUGCGCACGCCGCUUCCGCCCAAAACCACGGAGGAGUGCGAGGUGCUGCUGAUGGUCGGGCUGCCGGGAUCCGGGAAGACCCAGUGGGCGCGGAAGCACGCUGAGGACAACCGGGAGAAGCGCUACAACAUUUUGGGAACGGAGACUGUUCUCCAUCAAAUGAGGACGACAGGCCCCGACGUGGAGGAACUGGAUGCCAAGAGCAGAGACCUGUUAAUCCAGCAAGCUGCUCAGUGCCUUAGCAAGCUGGUUCAGAUCGCUCCCAGAGCCAAAAGAAACUUCAUCCUGGACCAGUGCAACGUGUACAACUCCGGGCAGCGCCGGAAGCUGCUUGCCUUCAAGGGCUUCUCCCGCAAGGUGGUCGUCAUCGUUCCCAACGAGGAAGACUGGAAAAAGAGGCUGGAAUUGCGGAAAGAAGCCGAAGGGGAGGACGUCCCGGAGUCGGUGAUGCUGGAAAUGAGAGCGAAUUAUUCCCUGCCGGAAAAGAACGAUUAUUUGGAUGAAGUCAUUUACGGGGAGCUCAGCAAGGAGGAGGCCCAGCCCCUGGUCACCAAAUACAAGGAGGAGGCCAGAAAACUGCUUCCCCCUUCAGAGAAACGGGCGAACCGUCGCAAUAACCGCAACAAGCGGAACCGCCAGAACCGCAACCGCGGCCAGGGCUACGUUGGGGGGCAGCGCCGAGGUUACGACAACCGGGUCUACGGGCAGCAGCAGUACUGGGGCCAGCCUGGAAACCGCGGGGGCUACCGCAACUUCUACGACCGCUACCGAGGGGACUACGACCGCUUCUACGGGCGCGACUACGAGUACAACAGAUACCGGGACUACUACCGGCAGUACAACCGUGAG